AUGGUUUCACUCUGGUUGAGGGGAGCCGCUUUGGUGACUCUUAUCAGCCUAUCUGGGACCCUUGCCUGGGAUGCAGACAGCAUCAAAGCCUCACGAAAGCCCAUCGAAGCAUCCGGCCCGGCAAUCAUCCCUGGGAAAUACAUCGUCGAGCUCGAACCCGGCACUUCCCUUCAAAGCCGAGACAUCGGCCCCAGAGGUUCCGCUCUCAUCGGCGAGAUCGAGUCACUUGGCUACGAUGCAAGCGUGGCAGAGGACUUGACCUCGGCGUCUGGUGGUUUCCAGGCAGUUUCUGUCGAGAUCAACAACGAUGGGAACAUGACCCUCGGCCAGCUGAAGGAUGUCCCAGGUGUUGUGGAUGCCUGGCCCGUCUACGCCAUCACACUCGACGUCGAGUUUGACACCAACAAUGCCAGCCCAAAAUGGAACCCUCACGAAGUCACCCGAGUUGAGGAGCUUCACAAACGAGGUCUCAAGGGCAAGGGCCAGCGUGUUUGUGUCGUCGACAGUGGUGCAGAUGCGUCUCAUCCUGUCCUGUCUGGCAGAAUCGCUGGCGGAAAGAACAUGCUUGACGAUAGCACCGAUAUUCAAGACUGCAACGGCCACGGCACCUUUGUCUCAUCCGUCAUCGUCGGCCAGAGCAAGGACUUUGUCGGUGUCGCACCCGAGGCAGAGGUGUACAUGUACAAGGUCUUUGGCUGUGAAGGGAGCACGCCAAACGACAUUGUCCUCAAGGGCCUGCUCGCAGCCGACGCUGAUGACUGUGAUAUUGUAUCGCUGUCUCUCGGUUUGGACAACGGAUACUCUGGCUCAGUCAUGUCUCGAGUUGCGAGUGAGAUCGCUGAGAGGAGGCUAGUGCUCAUUGCGGCUGGCAACUCUGGAGAACAAGGCGUCUUUUACGCCAGCUCUCCUGCUUCCGGCCGGGGCGUUGUCUCUGUUGCAUCCGUCAACUCGAAGAAGGUGCUCGGAUGGCCUGCCACCCUCGCCUCCUCAUCUGGCGAGACCCUCGAGCUGCGGUACGUGACUCCAGAUGGGCAGAAGCUCAACGAGUCGACGAGUGUACCGCUUCAGUUCGACGAGGGCGAUUCCUGCGACCCCACUCUCUACGGCAGCGAAGAUGAAGCCGUUAUGAUCAAGAGAGGUAUCUGCUUCUCAGGAAAGUCGUACAACUUCCUGUCCAGCAUGGGCUUCGGUUACUUCCUCAUCUUUGACUCGUACAACCAAGGCGUGUUUUACGACUCAGACGUCACGGUCAGCCCUGAGGUGCACCUCUAUGCCACGACGGAUGCUUCUGUUGGGGAAUGGGUGAAGAAGCAGGUUGCUUCGGGUCGGAACCUGACUCUCGAAGUCGAGGCUGAUGCAGACGCUGAAGUUUCAGAGCAGGACUAUCCUAGCGCGGGACAAGUUUCUGCUUUCUCUUCCUGGGGUUUGACCUUUGAGAAUGACUUUUCCCCCAGUAUCGCGGCACCUGGAGGAGCUGUUUACGGAGCGUUUCCCGAGAAUGACUACGCUAUUGCUUCGGGAACAUCCUUUUCGACGCCUUACAUGGCUGGUAUCGCGGCUCUGUUCUUUAGCAGCCGGAAGAAGGAUGGGGAGGAGUUCUUCCGCAGGAUUGCGUCCACUGCUGCUCUUCUUCCAUCUUAUGAUGCGGCGAUGGGAGAAGUUGUCAGUGAGAUUGCGUCUCUGGCGCAGCAGGCUGCUGGACUGGUCGAUGCUGUCAAGCUGAUGGACUACGAGACUGUUCUUGUGUCGGAGCCGCUCAUCUCACUGAACGAUACAGACAAUCGGGUCAAGACACAUACCAUCACCCUGCGGAAUACCGGUUCAGAGGCGGUCACGUACAAGGUGUCUCACGUGGCGGCCGCUACGGUGCAGUCGAGGGAUGAGUACUGGUAUCCGAUGAUCUAUUACCCUCCUUUGCUGAAGGGCCAAGGGUCCAUCGAGGCACCUGACAGCAUCACCAUCGCAGCCGGCGCAACGCGUGGCAUCCAGGUUACCAUCAACCCCCCGGAUGUUGAGCCCGACAGCGGUGCUCUAUGGAGCGGCAAGAUUGUCUUCCAAGGAACCAACGAGGAGUUUAUCACCGUGCCGUACAUGGGCGUCGAAGUAUCAACAUACAACUGGACGCCCCUCGAGGGUGCCCCCUUGCCCUUCCGCUACGACUCAAACGACGGCUUCCUAUACCCCAUCAACUGGAAGAACUUGCCGUACAAGCCCGAUGAACUCGAAUCACCCGAGAUUUACUACGCCCUGCGCUACGGCACGUACGAGUUCUCCCUUGACCUCGUUGGCGAAGACUGGACCGUCGACGACUUUGAAUAUCCCUUUGUCGCGGGCGCAUCGUCAAAGGCAUGGUCCGGAUCGCUGAGGAGCCAGCCGGAUGUGUUUGGAAGCUAUGUUAACUUCCCCAUCACGUUCCCCGUGCGGUUCAGCAGCGUUGGCUUUACGAGGUUCCAGAGCUUCUCCAACGGGACGGCGAUUCCGUCGGGGAAGUACAAGAUUCUCAGCAGGGCUCUUCGCAUGUUUGGAGAUCCCAGCAAUGCGAAGGACUGGCAGCUAUUCCUUUCGGAUGCAUUUAGCAUCCAGUAUGGUGAUGAUCCGAUUCCCGGACAGACCAGUACAACAGCGACGACAGAGAGCCUUCCCACAUCUACUGUCGCCAGCUUGUCGGAAACAACUACCCCCAGCACCACGACGUCUGGCGUUGCGGUGGAGACUACCGCUUCAGUCCCCGGAAUCACUACAACUCUCAGGGCAAAGUCCACCCCGACCGGAUUGGCGAAUGCCUUUGUUGACCUGUCCCUUGCCCGUCAAGGCACCCAGUCCCGCACGAUGAACGCCCCCGGUGACUGGAUGGAGCUGCACGUCCAGAUCAGGAUACCCAACCGUGUCCCCGCCGAUACGUUCGUCAGUUUCGCUCUCCCAGCCGAGAUCGUCGACGUCGCUGAGAAGGAGUACGUGAUGGAUCAGGGGUCGAAUCUGGUGGGAACCGCUAGCUUUGACAAGGACACCUCCGUCUACUUGAUCACCUUGAAUGACUGGGCGGAGUGGCAUAAAGAUAUCGUCGGCGACUUUUAUCUCUAUUGCCGGUUCAGCGAAGACCUCCAGGCAGACCUCCAGGCGGGAACGUACUUUAUUGAGAUUGCGACUGUGGGCGAAAAGUUCUACCCCCCGGUUUAUUACAGUGCUGUCGACAGAACAAAAGUCUAUGAGCACCAGCUCGAGAAGACUAUCGAUGACCGACCUAUCUAUGAGUUUGACAUCGAGGUUCCCGGUCAGCUGGGACCAUGGAACUCGGUGGCCCUUGUUGCCAGCCAAGCUUCGACAGAUGAUGGAUUCCUCUGCGAUGGAACUUCUGUUGUCAUUGGCACCGAGUUUGACCACGAGAACAAGAUUGUCAAGUCCAGGGACAUAACUGCAGAGGCCGUCCAGCGCUGCCAAGUCAAGACUUUCCGGUCCAAGUACACGGGCAAAGUCGCCGAGAAUGAAGUCUUGGCCUUCAAGAUCGCCAACAUGCUCGGUUUCAAGGGUUCUUGGACAAUCGACAUGUCCUACAGCCUGGCGAUAGAGCUCACCAACGGGACCACGGUCGGCUUCGACGUUCGCACUCUGCAGUAUGCUCUGUACGCAAGAAGCAGGCCGGACAAUUUCUUCUCAGGCGAGGUCGACCGGCCGGGUCCUGUUGUGAGCACCACGGAGAGUGUUUCACUCACGACUAUGACCCCAACCCGCAACAUGACCACACAUGUCUCGACAGAGGCAACGACUACUAGCUUUACAGCCACUGAGACCCCCACUCGAGCUGCAAACACUACCUUUUCGACAUGGUCUGAGACAGCUUCGGAGACUUCCAGUUUGGUCUUGCCGACUACCACUGAUGCAUCCUCGGAUACCACCUUGACGUUGACCAGUGGCUCUUCUACUGUUCGCCCGGCCAACGAGACAAUUACCACGUCCGCCACAGAUUAUACUAGUUCUGUGUCGAGUCUCGAGAGCUCUGAAACCGACAUUUCCAUCUCCGUCUCUGAGUCAACGCACGCUUAUCCCACGACUACCGAGUCAGACCCGGGCAGUACUACUACUGACUCUGUGCCAACUCUUGAGACCUCCCGAUCUGACGUUUCCACGUCCGAACCAACGCACGUCUAUGCCACUACUACUGCAUCUGUUCCCGACAUUAGCAGCUCUGUAUCAAGUCUUGAGAGCUCCCGGGCGAGCAUUUCCACCAAGUCAGAACACACCUAUCCGACGCCCUCCUUGCCGAACCAGAGUUCAGAGGGCACAACAGACUCUUCUUCAACUUCCAAGACACACUAUCAAGCCCCAGGACACACCUCUCUUCACCCUGACACAACCUCACCCAAGCCCGGUGUCGUCACUGAGACGCAUGCUGUGACAGUCAUUACAUCUGUCUGCUCCGACCCCAGUUGGUCGGCGCCGGUAACGGUGACAUACACUGUCCCAUGUGUAACGAGUGACGUCGAGAGCAUCACGACUGUCACAUCAGUCUGCAAGAAGUGCGCGGAACAUCCAGUUACGAUCACGUAUACACAGCCUGUCCAGGUCACACAGCGCCCAACCUCGGAUGUGCCUGUUACCCAGGGCGAUGCGCUGCAUUCUGCCUCUCAGAUUCAGUAUCAGGGAUCCUCAGUCACCAUCCCUGGUCCCAGACAAUCUCUGCCUGUUUCUGGGGGUAACGGAAAGGAACAAACUGGAUCUACGGCUCCUUCGAAUGUCGAUGCCUCCGUGGUUUCCACUCUGGUUCAGGAAGUGCCGACCUCUGCUGCGGAUUCAGAAGGUGACCGCACGGCUGGAAAUAGAGAGCAAGGUGGUUCCAGUGAUGCCCCGGGCAGUGGCCAGGCAGGCAAUCAAGCGCCAGUAGCGACAAGGAGCAUCACGACGCUGUCGGAUGCAGCGACCGAGUCACCCGCGUCCGCUCCGACCAUGGUAGUCGUGGAGGGAAGAGGCCUUCGUCUGGGCAUUGAUGGAUGGAUGAUUGCUCUCGGAGUCGUCUCACUUGCUUUCAUGUUCACCUUUUAA